CUACGCCACCUUCACCUGUCGAGUGCACAGGACACACACACACACAAAUGAAAGUCAUUCAGGCCGACGUUCAGCCAUCUGUGCUGUGGUGUGUGUGGCUGUGUACCUCCACUGCCGUCAUCCAUAUCGUCACCCUCAUCGUCACCAUCACAUCGGAAUCUGCAGACCACUCUCAGGGAGAGAGACACCAGGCACGUCAUCUAUCUAUCCAUCCAUCCAUGUGUGUGUGUUCGUACCAUCGUCACUGUUUUCAUCCCCCUGCUGCUGCUGCUGCUGCUGCUGCUGUACCUGUCCGUCGAACACGAAUGGCGCCACUGCCCCCAACGCCACACGAGCCAGCUGAGUGGUCAUGGGGUAGCGGUGCUUGAAAAAACCAACCCCAGUCACAGCCGCCUCAAUGGUCACGACAUGCACACUCACUGCGCACCAGGGGAAGGAGAAUACGUGACAUCUGACAUGCAGGGCUUCCUCUCUGUCACACUGACCGUCGUUAUUUCCUGACACGCUGAUGUGAAUCCAUGCGACGAAUGAGUGGCUGCCGUCUGUGAGCACCAGCCGUCGCAGACGACCGUUUUGGCUCAUUGUGGUGGUGCAUCCGGCCACCGGUGUGUAGGGCGACCGAGUCAGCAGGCCAUCUAGACGGCCGCCAUCAACGUACCUGAACCAACCACAGGCACAAUCAAUAGCACUCCCUCUUGCCACUGGUGCCCUUAGUUUUAUUACCUGUUGAGUCUUAUCAAUGUGUAGUUGGUCUGCUGGGUCUUGUCGAAGUAGUCGACGAUCAUGAACUUGGCAAACGACGACACUGACGAAUCGGUGUACUGGCCACCCAGCAACAACCAUCGGCUAUGGACGAACGUGUAGUAGAUGCUCUCACGCACCGGUGGGUCGUGUAGCUGUCGGUGCUGCCAAUACAGGUGGCCGGCAGGGAGGGGUGGGUCAACCUCCAGCCGGAAGCCGGGCUCGUCCUUGAUGGCCCGCACCUCAUUGCCGUGCUGGAACAGCUGCAGACAGCUGCCAUCACUGAAGUGGACGUGGCUGCCGACCAUCUUAAGCUGCGCCAACACACGGGGAGCCGAAGCAUACGCCUACACACACAACCACACAGACACAGAGAGAGAAUGAGGCCCUCUCCCUCCCCUCCCCGCCCCUCUGUUUGCUGGCUCACCGUCUUGUUUGCGUGUGCGUUGAUGUCAUCGGCUGUGAGGAUGACAGGCAGGUCACAGCAGCCGCACUGGCCCGCCAGCUCAAUCACCUCGCCGAUCUCCACCCAUGGCCCCUCCUCCAUCACACACACAGCCGCCAGCAGAUCAUGUGUGCCGAGCUGGUCGUCGUCGAACCGCAGCAGCUGCACUUGCUGCCCAUUCACCGCCCGCCGCAGCCCCGCCUGUGAGCCCAGCGAGUGGCGGAGCCGAUCUCUCAGCUGGGCCGCUCCGAAGAGAUCUCUGAGCCACGUGCAGGUGGCCUUCAGCCGCAGGAUGUCCUUGAUGCUGCUGAAGAGGUAGAAGGUGCGGCGGCCGACGAAGAUAUACGAGAAGGGGUGCUGCUGCUGCUGCUCUGGUUGCUGCAU